AUGUUUAAUGCCAUCAAUUCUCAGCCAAAUUCUGGUCAAAAGUGGUCAUCAGAUGAGAGCCAACCGUCGGAUCACUAUUUCAUAUACAACUCGAGCGAAACAAUUGAUGUGCAAAAAGCUGUAGCCAUUUGUCGCCAAAGAGGUCUUCACUUGCUUUCCGUAGACAACAAAAACGCGGACAACUAUUUGGUGGAUGUGUUGACCCAAUCAUCGCCGCAACUCUUUUGGAUCCGUUUAAGUAAUUUACUGAAAGACAACAGCGUUUACCGACUCGAAGGCAAAUACAAUGCGAAACACGAGAAGAGCCGCAAAAACUCGGUCAACAAAUUGGACAAAAGUUUGGACAUUAAGUGCGUUUCGAUUGACACCGAGAGUGGGCUGUGGACGGAGAGCCGGUGUCUGGACAGCGCCUAUGGGUUCAUGUGCUCCAGAGUUGACCACAAGAGACGGCGGAUCAAAAAGAUUGUCGACCCCAUUGUCGAGACUCAAGUGGUCGUAAGGCCAGUGCCUACUGUUGAGCCGCAACCAGAGUCCAAACAAUGCAAUAUUUCGGGACAAUUGUGGGACAAUAGUGUAAAAUACGGUGACUUUUGUUACCUAUUUAUGAACCAAACGGCCAGCAAUUGGGCCGACGCUGAGGAGGAAUGCCAGCGAAUGAGUGGAUCUAAUCUCGCGUCGAUCGUAGAGCCCGACGAACAAGAGUUUAUCGCC